AUGUCCCAGCAGCCCGCAGACAGCAGUGUCCCGCCGGUGGGCGCGGCGAAUGGCGACCGCGACCUUCCGCAGGCGGAGGUAGGUGGCCAGAAGUGGGAGACGGCCCUGGCGCGGCCUGCGGAGCCCGGGGAAGGCCGAAUGGCAGAUGCAGGCCCGAUGGCGGGGCCACACCGGGAAGCAGACGCUGAGAGCCGGCCCAGGUCCCGGCCCCCGCCCCAGCAUGGGAACGGCCGCGGCCAGGCGGCGUUCCCACGCCCCCAUCGCGAGCCCGAAGGCUUCCGGCCUGACUUCGGGCAAGUGCAGCCAGUGUUUGGGGAAGAGGUGCCCCACGCCCGCGGCAGCCGGUUAAGAGGGUUUGACGUACCCAACUGGGUGUUUAUGGAUGUGUGCAGAGCAAGGGAAGUGGCCCACGAUGCCAGCUGGCAAGCGUGUUAUCCCAGUGUCUACCUGGAUUAUUUUACAUUUAUCGAAGAUCUCUUUGCAUCUGUGGCUCUCAGUCGUCUGGCUGCAGAACUCGGCUGUGAUAGGCUCAAAGACAGGGAGUAG